AUGGUAGCUGAGCAGUGGCUGAAGAGGAUUGAUAGGGUUUUCUUAAAGCUCCAGUGUGAUGAUGCUUGGAAGUACGAUUAUGCAAUCUCUUUACUUCAGGAGGAUGCAUAUGAGUGGUGGAAGACAUUUCCUAGGAGCAGAGUGCAGCCACCAGUUCUGACUUGGGCAGACUUCUUGGGAGAGUUUAGGAAAAAGCAGGGACAGGAGAAGGUUGAUCAAGAAAAGGCUACAGAGAAGGAGAAGAGUGUCAGGAGGACUUUCCCUGGGGCUAGUAGCUCUAGUAGCAAGAAGAGGAGAUUCUUUGGUUCAUUUCCUCCUAGACCUAGCAGUGUGAGGCCACAGAGCAGUUCUGCAGGCAGAGGUAGGGGCAGAGGUAGAGGUAGCAUAUCGGGUAGUCAGGGGACAGUGAAUCAAACAGAGCCUAUUGGUGUACCAGCUAGAGUUUAUACUAUGAGGCAAAGGCAAGAUGACGAUUCAGCUGAUGUAGUGGCUGGUAUAUUUUCUUUAUUUAAUCAUGAUGUUUAUAUGUUGUUUGAUCCUGGAUCAUCUUACUCUUAUAUUAGUGCUGGGAUUUCUUGUUAUGCAUCUGUUCCUUGUUUGAGAUUGGGUUAUGAUGUACUUGUAUCGAGUCCAUUAGGGCAGGAGGUUAUUGCUAACAAAUUAUAUCAUGAUUGCCCACUCGUGAUCCAAGGUCAUGUAUUCCUUUCUAAUUUAGUUGAGAUGCCCUCCAGAGAUUUUGAUGUUAUUUUGGGCAUGGAUUGGUUAAAAAAAUUUCAAGCAGUGGUUGAUUGUGACCUUAAGAAGAUUAUAUUUAAACUACCAAAAUAUGUAAAUGUGGUGAUACAGGGCGGGAGACAGAUACUUCCUUCAUCUGUGAUCACUACAACUUUAGCUCAGAAAUUGAUCCGUCAGAAAUUGAUCCGUCAUGGGUGUGAGGCAUACCUAGCUCACAUGGUUGACACAAGGGUAGGUACUCCUAAUCUUAAGGACAUUCUUACUAUGUGUGACUUUCCAGAUGUUUUUCCAGAAGAGUUACCAGGAUUGCCUCCAGAAAGGGAAGUUGAAUUUGAGAUUGAGGUUAUGACAGGGACUCAAUCGAUCUCCAUUACUCCUUAUAGGAUGGCUCCUGCUGAAUUAAAAGAAUUGAAAGCACAAUUACAGGAGUUGCUUGAUAAGGGGUUUAUUCGCCCUAGUGUGUCACCAUGGGGAGCUCCAGCCAUGGGGAGCUCCAGUGCUAAUUUGUAA